AUGUCUGCAACUAAUUUCACAGCUCCUCCGCAGCCGCUUGACAGUCCGGAAAAUCAUGGCCCUCUCAUCAAUGUCAUGACGUGGUUUCUGGUGGUAGCUAGCACUCUCACUGUCCUAACGCGCAUUGCAACAAAAUGGCUUGUCUCGAAGAGAGUUCAACUUGAUGAUGGGUUGGUUUUUGUUUCGCUGUUAUUUAGCAUUGGCCAGACUGUGGCCGUCGGUGUCGGGGUUCUCAACGGGAUUGGGAGGCACAUCGAGACACUCUCCACCAAAGAGACUUUGGUCUUUCAAAAAGCUUUCUAUGCGGCGAACUUAUUAUGGCUAGCUAGCCAGUGCUUCUCCAAGCUGUCGGUGGUCAUGUUCAUCCGCGCUAUAUCUCCGGGGACGUUCAACGAGAGGGCAACGCUUGCGGGAAUUGGAAUUACUGCUCUCUGGGGCUUCACAUCGAUAAUCACGGUCGCAUUUCAGUGUCAUUUACCCAACUCCUGGGAGACGAUACAGAACACUUGCUUUGAUCGAAAGGCAUUCUGGAACUAUACGAACUCGAUAAAUAUUGCGAUCGACCUUCUUCUCGUAUUGAUGCCUCUGGCAAUGGUAUGGAAGUUGCAGCUUGCGAAGAAGCGGAAAGUGAUGAUAGUGAGUUGUUUUGGUACUCGAGUAGCCACAAUCGCAGCAGUCGUAUGCCAGAUGGUGGCAACAAAUAAAUCCAUCAACUCUCCGGAUGCCUCGUUUGAUAUUUGGCUUAUUCAAAUUGCCAUGGCAAUAGCACAAUGCCUGGGAAUAGUCACUGCUUGUGUCCCCUACUUGAAGCCGUUCAUGGACGCUCUCGAAUCUGGAAUGAUCAGGAGCGAUGACCUCUUCCGCCGCGGCGAUAUGGGAGGAUCCCGCACAAAUGGUUAUGGUUACAGCCGCGACAGAAAAUCGCCACUUCAUUCAUCAAAUUCCAAGUCUGUACUGAAAAGCAGUACCAGUAGCCACAUUACUCCUACAACACAUGAGCUGGGACCUAUGAAACAACCGGAAACUAUCAACUCUAUUACAGUUGGGAAUCAGAGAGGCCACCAGCGAGAUUGGGAGGCAGGGAGCGACUCGAGUAGGACCAAGAUAAUCACGCAAACCAGAUCGUGGUUGGUGAGUUCAGAGAAUGAGGGACAUGGGACUUCUGAGACACCAACACUGUAG